AUGCUGUUUUACAAUCGAGCAAAAAGAACGGUUUUAUCCUUUCUCUCGGUUGGCUUGACUGUUGAUACCUUCGAGGCGAUGCACCACAGACUCUGGAUCAGCGAGACCAACACACUUGGCAACGUUAAUCGCUGUUCACCUUUUAACCAGCUUGUUGGGCCCAAGGACAGCGAAGUGGAGGCGAGGAUUGACAGAACUUCUGCUCUCUCGUGCCCGACGGACGCAUGGCCACAGCAUGUGCGUGCUGGCGUCGACUUGUCCGUCGUCAGGCUUCCCACGGCUGGAAUGGCUCUAGUCCCUUCCAGCCGAUCAUCCAUCGCCCCUAAUGAUGCCCCCCGCCACCCCCACCCCCCCCGAGUGGGUGUGGCGCCAAAAUGA